GUGCGUGUGCGCGUGUGGAGCCGCGCUCGCGCUCCCGCUCGCGCAUCAUGCCGUCCCACAGGCUCCGCGCCGGAUGCGCGGCGACUCGCAGCAUCUUCGUCCUCUCGCUUCUGCCUCUCAGCAUCGUGUUUGGAGCAUUAAAUCACAGAAGUUCACAGAUUCAAGAUGACCAUUGUGGAGAUGCUGAAGGAGGAACAGAGCUGCAAGAGGUGGUGUUUGUCAUCCAGAGCCAGAGGAACUCCUUUCAUGCACAGCGGGCAGAAGAGCGGAGGGCGAAGCUUUUACGACAGGCGGUGGAGCUCAAAGUGAAUCCACCCACAGUCCUGCUGCUCCAUAGCCUAAAUCACAAUGAAGGGGACUGGAGUAUUUUUCCUGUGUUACCACUCCUCUUCGAGGCGCAUGGGAAGACAUCCUCCUGGUUUGUCUUCUUGGAAGAAGAGACCAAUGUGAGGGUAGGCCAGCUACGUUGUACCCUGAGCCGCUUUGAUGCAGGGAAGGAGUGGUUCCUUGGGAAGCCACUUCAGGACAAGGAGGCCACUAUCAUCCAUCACUAUGCCUUCGCCAACGACCCGUCCUCCUUCAGCUACCCAGACUUUGCAGCCGCUUGGGUCCUGAGCAAACCCUUGAUCCAGCGGCUUGCGAGCAAGGUGAAAGAAGAGCCUCCUAAAUCCGAUUUCACCAUUGACUUGAAGCAUGAGAUCGCGCUGUACAUCUGGGAAGAUGGGCAAGGACCCAGCCUGACUGCUGUCCCAGAUCUCUGCACCGACCUAGAGACCUCCUUGCGGGCCAGGAGCUGCAUCACCACCCUCAGUACUCACAUGCCCCACUGUGGUGAUCCAGUGAGGAAAGAGGACAUCUUUGUGGCUGUGAAAACAUGCCAGAAGUUCCACAUGGAAAGAAUUCCUGUGGUGAAAAAGACUUGGGAGAAAGACGCUGCCCUGUUGGAGUAUUACAGCGACUACGCUGACCCCAGCAUACCAACCAUUGAUCUAGGUGUGCCAAACACAGAGAGAGGGCAUUGUGGGAAAACCUUUGCCAUCCUAAAGAGGUUUGCCAGAGAUGUGGUAACACAGGCUGACUGGCUACUGAUUGUGGAUGAUGACACUCUGAUCAGCCUCCCAAGACUUAGGACCCUCUUACGCUGCUACAACCCCCGUGAACCGGUGGCCUUGGGGGAGCGCUAUGGGUAUGGUCUGGGCCAAGGCGGCUACAGCUACAUUACCGGAGGAGGCGGGAUGGUGUUCAGCAGGAUGGCAGUGUCCAAACUGCUGGCCAGCAGCUGCAGGUGUUACAGUGAUAAUGCCCCUGAUGACAUGGUUCUGGGCAUGUGUCUCAAUGCGCUGGGGAUCCCGGUCACGCACAGCCCACUCUUCCACCAGGUAGUCUCCCAUUUACACAGAGUUGUGGCACAUUGGCAGGCACGGCCAAGUGACUAUCCCAAAGAUCUUCUGGUCCACCAGACUCCGGUGUCCUUCCACAAGCACUGGAAUAUUGACCCGGUUAAGGUGUACUACGAGUGGCUGGCUGGUAACGCUGGGCCAACGUCGCAUCCAUCGAACUGGGAGUGGAGAGCAGAGCUAUGACAACCAAAAAGCACCACUGGGGAAAUAGACUGUGUGGUCCUGGAAUUACGUUUAUCCAUAGUAGAUGCUUCUCUUCAAAUCAGUGCAUGAGUGCUUGUGUGACUGUUUUGUCUGCUAGUCUCUGAAUGUCAGUAUAUAGUGCUGCUUGGAAGUAUUUGAACCCUUUGUGUCCCUUAGUUUUACGACAAACUGGUUACUUAAUCAAAACCAGUCUUUCUCAUCUGACAUAACUGGUGUGUAAUGACCAACUCCAUAUGCUGCUUUAGAGGAAAUCGUGUGUAUAGUGGAAAAAUAGAAGUAGUGCAAGUGCAAAAAUAAGUGAACGCCAAGUUGCAUUAGUUAAGCCAAAUAGGUAAGUAGACUCAGGUAUGUAAAUCAUUAUCAUUUACGAGACUUAAGAUUCAGAUUUUAUAAGUUUAUUUUAAUACUUUAUACAAGAAUAAUGACCGUCCCUAUAGGGUUAACAUAUUUUUCAGCCAUAUUGUAUGUGUGUAUCUGAUUGUGUCUGAAUAUUUAUGGUACUUUUUGUUGAUUGUCACACACACACACAC